GGCGCGGGGCCGGGACUGGAGCCGCUGGCGGGCCGGUGCGCAGUUGGCGGCGGCGGUGGCCGCACUGGCGGCGCAGCCUCUGUGCUCGUGGCGCCCUUGCCCUCGGCCCCCUCCCCGCCCGGCCAUGCCGCCGCCCGCGCCGCCCACCGUGCUGGUGCCGUCGGAGCGCGCCGUGGUGCUGCUGUCGUGCGUGCUGUCCGCGCUGGGCUCGGGGCUGCUGGUGGCCACGCACGCCCUGUGGCCGGACCUGCGCAGCCGGGCGCGGCGCCUGCUGCUCUUCCUGUCGCUGGCCGACCUGCUGUCCGCCGUCUCCUACUUCUACGGGGUGCUGCGGGACUUCCCGGGGCCCUCGUGGGACUGCGUGCUGCAGGGCGCGCUCUCCACCUUCGCCAACACCAGCUCCUUCUUCUGGACCGUGGCCAUCGCGCUCUACCUGUACCUCAGCAUCGUCCGCACCCCGCGCGCGCCCCGCGCCGGCCGCCUGCUCCUGGCCUUCCACGUCGUCAGCUGGGGGGUCCCCCUGGCCAUCACCGCGGCCGCCGUCGCCAUGAAGAAGAUCGGCUACGACGCCUCGGACGUGUCCGUGGGCUGGUGCUGGAUCGACCUGGAGGCGGAGGACCGUGUCCUGUGGAUGCUGCUGACCGGGAAGCUGUGGGAGCUGCUGGCCUACGUCACGCUGCCCGUGCUCUACCUCCUCAUCCGGAAGCACAUCAACAGGGCGCACCAGGCGCUGUCCGAGUACCGGCCCAUCCUGUCCGAGGCGCACCGGCUGCAGCACCACAGCUCCAUGGCCGACAAGAAGCUGGUGCUCAUCCCGCUCAUCUUCAUCUGCCUCCGCAUCUGGAGCACCGUGCGCUUCGCGCUGACCCUGUGUGGCUCCCCGGCCGUGCGGGCCCCGGUGCUGGUCGUUCUGCACGUAGGGGAUCGGGAACACGUUUCAGGGAGGCGCCAACUGCAUCAUGUUCGUGCUCUGCACCCGCGCCGUCCGCACCCGGCUCUUCUCCCUCUGCUGCUGCCGGUCCCCGCCGCCCGCCGAGAGCCCGGCCGCGCCCAAGGCCUCUGCGGCCUCCGGGACGGGGGACUCGGGGACCCGGGGGGACCCCUGCGAACUUCCGCACACCUGAGCCCCCCGUCCCCCCCGGGGUCCGUGCGGGCGCUCCUCCCGGGACCAGGGCUCUGACCGCUGCAGGGAGGGGCGGGGACCCUGCAGCGGAGCCUGCCGUCUGCGGUCAGAGCUCCCGAGGCCUGUGCAGGGCGGCCGCCACCAGCUUCUCUACCUCUGGACCCUGCGGCAGCAGGUGUCCGCACCCGUGUCCGUGUGCUCGGCGUCGGUCCGCGGGAGGUGGCGGUGAGACUCAGGGGCACCAGGGCACGCGACCACUGCCGGGUCAGCGGCCUCUGGACCACCCGGCGCUGUUUACAGUCUGAGGACCCACCCCCGCGGGAAAAGCAGGAAGAGCUACGGGCACCAUGGACCCUCCCGAGUCAAACGCCAGGGGCCGCCAGAGAGGUGGCCCCACCUGCAUACCGUGCAGCAGAUUCCCGGCGGGUCAGGGAGUGGACCUGCCCCCGGAGCGUGGCUGUUCUGGGGGCGGCUUUGCCAGCCAACAGGAGCCGGGCACCUUGAACCAGGGUCCGCAGCCUGGGACCCUCCCAGCCUCCCGGGUGCCAGCCUUGGUGUAGGUGGCACCUGAGUUUCCAGCACCGGCCAGAGCCCGGCCUCCGGCCUCCUCCAGGGCCCGGCCGUGGGCAGGGAUGAGGAAGGCCGUGGCGAGUACCCCCGGGGGUGCCCAGGUGGCAGGUCUGUGCUGUGAGCGCCGGCUGGCCGUGUCAGGAGGGGUCUGCCCACCCCUAGGUCAGUCCUUACAGGAAAGGGGACCAGAAUACUGAUCCCUCCCCGAAGGCGCAGGUUUGGGAGCUGGUGGGGGGAAGUGACAUAUGGGUCACAGAUGGUAACUUUCGUUUAAUAGAAAAAGGACUUAAAA